AUGAUCGCCGCAAGGCAUCUCCUCAGAGUUUUCCUGACUCUUGUCAGCCUAUUCGCAUCACAUGGACUAUCCAACACCAUUGCUGUCAACCAGGAAUGCGUCUCCGCUGUGUUCGGAAUUAUCGGAGGUCUCAACUUUGAAGGUGUCGGCUACGGCAAUUACUACUUGGGGCUUUGCACGAAUCCACUCAAAACCAUAUCCGUCUACGCCAACUCCAAGACCUAUUGCCCGCCAGCUGACCUGGAACCUGGUUUCAGCUACUUUGGGUGGGCCUGUCAGGAGUAUGGGGGUGCAGAGCCUAUAUCACAGGCAGAUUUGGCUGCGAAUUUGACCAUUGAAGCCAUCAAGGGCUUUCCUGUCCUUGAUCAGGCUGAUUCGAACCCUUUAAUUAAUCUCACGACGCCGAUUUUAAUCACGAGAGAUUGGUUCGACUUGGGCUUCCGCACAGAGGACUCGUGGGAUUAUGAGGCCCGAACGCACAGAGCUUAUGGGUUCGCAAUGUACGGAUUCUGGGGGGGUGUUAUCCUCAUCGGAACCCUGCAUCGACUCAUUUCUGUUAUCAAUGAACGUCGCCUGCCUCCUUCAUCUACCGAUCCUGAGGACACCGGAAGAGCGGAUAGUCGCGAGAAGUCAGCAUCUGGAACCCAAUCAAAUGCAUACUCGUAUUCACGGAUCACCAAACACCUUACGAUUCCGAGCGCUUUACCGCCAUUUCGCAGCCAGCUCUUGUUUGGAUGCACUAUACCAACUCGCAUCGAGUCAUUCGUCAUCCUCUCAUACUGGAUCAUCAGUUUUGUACUUUGUUGUGUAAACUACCGUCCAUUUAAUGGCAAUCUUUAUUGGUCUGCAAUGUCCCCUCAGAUAUGGCGAUAUGUCGCCGACCGAACGGGCAUCAUCGCCUACGCCAACCUACCAAUACUCUGGAUGUUCAGUGGGCGUAACAAUAUUUUCAUCUGGUUAACAGGCUGGCAAUUCUCUACGUUCAACCUCUUUCACAGACACGUUGCACGCGUAGCAACAUUGCAGGCCAUCCUUCAUUCCAUCGGAUACACAGCAUUCUAUUUCACAAGCGGAGAGGGUGCAACGAUUUCAAUGAGUUUCAUCGUUUUAUUCUCCUUCAGUUGGUUCCGACGCAAGAUAUACGAGUCUUUUCUUAUGAUCCACAUCAUCUUAUCCGUCGUGGUGAUUGUUGCUCUUUUUUACCACACAUCUAUUUUCGAUGGGCAGUAUGAUCCAUAUCUAUGGCCUCUCGUUGCUAUCUGGAGCUUUGAUCGUUUCCUGAGGAUCGUUCGAGUAGUCUACUGCAACCUCCACGUCCAACUGCACAAAAAGUCCCUCAAUCGGAGCAUCGCUGCUAUAUCCUACGACCAGGAUGCUAAUAUUAUCCGUGUUCAAAUCAACACGCAUAUAAAACCUAGACCUGGUCAGCACUAUUAUCUCUACCAGCCCUUCCGGUUAACUGGAUGGGAGAGUCACCCUUUUACGUUGGCCUACUGGAGCCAGUCCACAGAAAGCCAGCAUAGAGGACAGGCUGGAGCCCCAGCUACAGGUAGCACAACGGUUGGCUCUAUCGCGGCAUCAUCUAAGGCCAUGGAAGGCGAGUAUCUCAUGUCUUUUUGGAUCCGCCCACAAGAUGGCUGGACUCGCCAUCUCCGGGAUCUCUGCCUAAAGUCAUCCCAGGUCCCUGCAACGUCUAAAGAGACCAUCCUCCUUGAAGGCCCCUAUGGCAUGAGCGAGCCCUUGCAGAAAUUUGACGAGGUCCUUCUUAUUGCUGGUGGAUCUGGCAUCGCAGCUAUGGUUCCUUACGUGCUUGACUAUAUCUCACAGGCAUCGAAUAAAUCGAGCCGAACACGCAUACGCGGAUUGACACUCGUUUGGUCCGAUCGUAAUCGAGCCUUUAUGCAUCAGAUUGCCCAGCAGGAACUUGCGGCAGCGCUUACGCUGAAUGAGAUCAGAUAUAUUUCUGAAUCAACGGAUAGCAUAUCUGCAACCGGUUCUCUGACUAUUGAUACGGGCAGGCCUGACAUCCCGACAAUCAUUGAGAGAGCAGCGACCGCUGCUACCGAGUCCGGAUCACGGCUUGCUGUGAUGACAUGUGGUCCUGCCGGGAUGUCAGAUGCAGCCAGGGAUGCGACGUAUCGGGCUAUACGUACACGGAACAGCUCUAUUGAGUAUUUUGAGAGUGCAUUUGGGUGGUAA